AUGUAUGGGGUAGCAGCUCAUACAUUGAGACAAUUAAUUGCUCUCAUUUCCUCAAAUGAAGCCUCGGAACACGCCCCCAGUGUUGGGACUGCGCUUGGGGGAAGAUCGGAUCGGUCUCUAGCAGAUGAAGGUGGAGCGAGUGGCGCCCGUCUGCGAAACGGAUCCACAAGGCCUAGCAACCCUAUUAAUGACAACCAGAGUGAAAGCUUGGGUGCUCCAGAGCAAGGAGGCCCCGCUCUCACUCUUAGAAGGGGAAGGCAGCAUUGGUCACGCGAAAUGAACCUAUACCUUAUGAAUGCUUACUUCCAAGUCACUGAAGGAGAGACAAAAAAGGACAGAUAUAGGGACAAACUCGAAGAACAGUGGAGAGUGAAGUACCCCACCUUGAAUUUUACAACGCAACAUCUAGCGGCCCAGAUUAGUAACAUAAAACGAAAUAGACUAAUAUCCCCUGAUGAACUGGAGGAGAUCAAACUGCACUAUACACGAACAAGUAAUUCAAGAAGGUUAACCGCAAUUCGUAGAUCGAUAAAUACUAGAAACAGCAUUCCACAUCCAGAAGCAUCUCAAGAAGAUACCGAACAGCAAGAACUAAAAGAGGAAAUAAAAGCAUCGUUUCGAGAACUGGACUUCCAAUAUAAGGGAACAGCAAUGUAUACAAGGCCUAUGAUAUCCAGAAUAAGGCUGUUCAAAGAGGUAAGAGACACUGUAGAAGUUGUCAACAGCACUCUGGCAACAGAAUUUGAAUGUUCUGAAGAUUUAGAAGACCUCUGUCAUAAGAUAUACUGCGCAGCGACCUUGAUCAGCAGCAUUUAUUGUAAAAAAACACCCUCAGAACCCAAAAUGCACGAAGGAAAGCCCCCAUGGGAAACAAGACUGGAAGCUAAAAUAACAAGUUUCAGAAAAGAAAUUGGAGUACUUGAGAAUUACCUAAAUGGUGGAACACUUAGUAAAAAGGCAGAAAAGAAAGCAAAAGCCUACGCCAGAAAAGCCAAGAUCAUAAUUUCAGAGACACCUAAUAAACAGGACCUCAAAAAACAUGUCGAAAUUUUAAAACAAAAAAUUGCAGCCCUUGGCAACCGACUCCUCAGAUAUCAUAAGAGAAUACUUAGAUUCCAACAAAAUCGACUCUUUUCCACCAACCAAAGACUAUUCUAUCGCAAUAUCGGAAGCGACAAAGAAACACCCAAACAACCACCAACAGAACAGCAGAUGACGGAAUUUUGGUCAAACAUAUGGUCUCAGGAGGUACAACAUAAUAGCCAAGCCUACUGGAUAAACACUGAAAAAGAAAGUUUUGAAAAUAGAACACAGAUGCCCGAUGUGUCCAUCACAAGAGGAGACAUAGCCGAAACGGUUAAACGCCUUAGAAACUGGACUGCCCCUGGCGUUGAUGGAAUUUGCAAUUACUGGUGGAAGGCUAUGUCAACAGCUCAUAAUCAAUUGGCACUACAUUUACAGGAAAUCAUCCAAAAUCCUGAAAAAGCACCAAAAUAUUUUACAAUGGGCAUAACUUACAUGCUGCCCAAGAAAGGUGACUUAACUCAACCACAGAAUUAUAGACCUAUCACGUGCCUGCCGUCUGUAUACAAGAUCCUGACCUCCGUAAUCGGGUUUAAAAUAAGCACUCAUAUUCGUAAUAACAGAAUUUUAGCCUGGGAGCAGAAUGGCUGCAAGAAGAAAGCCCGAGGUUGUAAAGAACUAUUGGUGAUUGAUAAUGUCGUCACGAAGCAGGCCAGAAGAAGACUCAAAAAUAUAUCGAUGUGCUGGAUUGACUACCAGAAAGCUUAUGACUCCGUGCCGCACUCCUGGCUUGUUGAGAUUCUUCGCAUAUACAAAAUCAGUCCUGACAUAAUACACCUUUGGGAACAUCUCAUGGGAACCUGGCGAACCACCCUGUCAGUAAAAGGAACGAAGUCAUAUCGAACGAAGGAGAUAAGUAUAAAACGAGGCAUCUUCCAGGGAGACAACUGGAGCACGGAGUGGUUUUGUCCUGCACUAAACCCACUAAGUAACAUACUCAAUCGCAGCAACUAUGGAUACAGAAUAGACGAUUAUGCUAAGCUCACUCACCUGUUUUAUGUGGACGACUUGAAGCUCUAUGCUAGAGGAACUGCACAACUACAAGGUGAACUUGAACUGGUGAGAAAUUUCAGCGCGGAUAUAAAAAUGAAAUUUGGCCUCGAGAAAUGCUCGGUUGUGCACGUGAAGAGAGGGAAAAUGGCGGAGGAGGGUGACAUGGAACUGAUUAACGGUACAAGCAUACGUAGUCUGGGUCUGGAGAACACCUACAAAUACCUGGGAAUUCAACAGUCAUUUGAGAUCAGACAAAAACGCAGUAUGGAGGUAGCUGAAGAGGAAUUCAAAAAACGAAUCAACAAAGUUCUCAAAACUGAGCUCAAUGCUAAGAACAAGAUUACUGCCAUAAACAUGUGGGCAAUACCGGUUUUAACAUACACCUCCGGAAUACUUACCUGCUUGGAAGCUGCAACCGAGAAAGAAAUUAAAUCCCUAGGAAACUACUUCCUCUCGAGCAACUUACCGGUUCACAAAAGAGUGGUGUUAUGGGACAAAAAAUAUACUGCCCUCAAUUUAGCCAGCCCAGCAGAACCUGAAACAGAUGUAGAUCCACUAGAAAAUAUGAGAGAAAGAUGGCGUAGCAAAGUACUUCAUGGGAGAUUUCACGCUAGCAUUAAUCAGCCAGAAGUGGAUAAAACACGGUCUCAUACUUACCUCGUUGCUGGUUACCUAUACGCAAGCACUGAAGCAGCACUACACGCCAUUCAAGAUCAAGUAGUUCCAACUAGGAACUACUCAAAAUACAUUAUGAAACAGCAAGUAGAAAACACGAAAUGUAGGAUCUGCAACCAAGUGGAGGAAACCGUACAGCACUUGUCGGGGGGUUGUACACCACUUGCAUCCACCAAAUACUUAGGGAGGCACAACAAUAUGGGCAAGGUGGUCCACCAGUUGCUCGGAUUGCGAUGGGGAUUAAUUGGAAACUUCACACCCCAGUAUAAAUACACACCGGUAGCGGUAGCAGAAAAUGAACAGGCCAAAAUCUUCUGGGACUUUCCCUUCGUGACGGACAGAGCUCUAGAACACAACCGUCCAGAUCUUGUACUAUGGAUGAAACGGGAGGGGAUUUCUGUUAUAGAAGACUUCUCAGUGCCACUCGACCACAACAUAGCACAAGCUUAUGACAGCAAAAUCGUCAAAUACACAGAAUUAGCAAGAGAACUCAAAACAUUGUGGAAACUUGAGAGGCAGGUGAGGAUACUUCCUCUGGUCAUCAGCGGUAAUGGACUCGUGCACGUUAACACCACGAAACACCUGGCCGAGCUCCAACUUCCAGACAACACAUUACAAUGGAUGCAGAAGGCUGUAGUGUUGGGAACUGUGGCAAUUAUUAGGCAAAUUGUCUUUCCGCAGUGA